UAAUUGUUUUCGAAAAAAGAAAGUCCAUAUGUUGAUUACAUCUGUUAUUAGUGUCAGCUGAGAAUUUAUUUGCAUUUUCAUAGCUGUUAGGUGCACAAAUAUAAAUAUUAUAUCUUGUAUUAAUGUACUUUUUAAUAUUAAAAUUUCAUUAGUUUUAUUAUUGAACGAGACGGUGCACGCACUGCGCACUGAGCGUACUUUGAAGUAGGACAAUAAACAAAACGACUUGUAACCAGGGCUGCCACUCUGAUAUUCAUGAAAAACCUAGAUAACCUACAAAAAAACCCAGACACAUGGGUAAAAAACCCAGAUGCGUCUAAAAUGCUAUCGUUGAAAAUGUUUGCGUACUAAUUCAAAAAUAUAAACAUAACUGGUUUUAAUAUAAAACAAUUAAUUACCUUACAAGACUGAAAACGGUUAAAUACAACCAAUACAAGAAAAUUACACUGCAGCAAAAUGGCUGUAUAAGUAAUUCUUGGACCAGCACAUAUCAUAAAAAAACAUAGGCCUACAAAUAUAUACAUGACAAAACAAACACCAUCACUGCAUUCUUUAAACCGGUAAUUGUUUUUAUAAAACUGCAUCAUGUACGUUAGUCUUUAUUCAGAGUCUGAUUCUACAAGAUUGGUUUGAAGGUUAAUUGUUGCAUUGGUUUUGUGUUCUGCAAGCCUCUUUGAAGAAUGUGUCUAAUUUAAUAUUCGACUUAGCUUCUUGAAAACUAGUUUUGUGUUUAUAUGUAUUUUUGUGUGUGAAACACAUAGACUUGUUUGCAUUUACAAACAGAUAUUGCAACAGAUACAGUAGCUACUACCUUUAUUAUUGUUUUAGGUAUAAAAAUAAUUAAAAUUAUAAAAAACAUAGAAUUGUUGGAAUUCAUUAUUUAAAAACCCAGAAACCCAAACACCAUUGGAAAAACCCAGAUCUGGGUGGAAAAACCCAUGAGUGGCAGCCCUGCUUGUAACAAUAUCGCUUUGCGCCACUCCUUCAAGGCUUCAACGCCUUCCCCUGCGCUUCCUCCCCUACAUUCUUUCCCUUCUUUAUCCCUUAUUCGUCGUUCCUGCUCCCUCCCCUUUCACAAGCUCCGCCCAAGUGACCGUCAUCUGCGAUCGGGUACUGCGCUCAUUGGCCGUGGUGUUGUUCCAGGUGAAUUCUGAACUGAUACUAAAGUCUCUGAUACUUUUCAAGUGUACUCAUUUGCCGUUCCUGAUACAGGCGCGUAUCAGUGUCAAAGUAUCAGGUUGAUACUUUUCGACCCACCUCUAACUUAUUGUAGCUCUAUUAAUUACUCUAUGGAUAUUGGGCACGUAAGUUGCUUAGAUAUUUGGAACACACCUUUUGAAAAGGAAGCUAAAAAUAGUGUGUUAUUACAAAACUACAAGAUCUCUGAUGGAGGGAAAUCGAAUGUUAUUGUAAACAAAGUAAUGUGUUUUUGUGAACAUGAAACGACUACGAGCGAAUUGUAGGCCUAAAUUAUUUGUACGCUAUGGAACGUAAAUAUAUACCGUAUAUCACUUAUCGCUGUGUAAAAUGUUGCCAGCUAAUUGCAACUACGAAUCUUACUUCAAGGAAUCUUUAUGCUACUUAAGAGACUAUCAAUGGAUUUACAAUUUUGCGGUCACAAACGUUCUCGUGGAAGAUGUUCUGUCACGAAUACCUGAAGACUGGUUGUCGGCGCUAAUGCAGCUCACUAAUGAUGAACUGAAUCAACUUCCAUUUGGGUUUGAAAAGGACGGCUGGCCGGCGUCGCUGGCGGCGUUCUGCCGGCGCUCGCGGGCACUGCUGCUGGCCCCAGAGCACGGGCCCCCCGGCGUGGAUCCCGCACAGCUGCCGCGCGAGCUGCGCACGGGCCUGUCGCCCAAGAAGCAGCACGAGGUGUGCCGCCUGGCCGCGCUGGUGCAGCGCGAGUGCCGUGCCCUCGGUGCCACCUGUGUGCUGGACGUCGGCUCUGGGCUGGGCUACCUGGGCCGGCUGCUGCACCACCGCUACGGGCUGCGAGUGCUCGGGGUGGAGGCAGACCCCUGCAAGGUGGCCACCGCACGGCGUCGCGCCCUGGGCUGUUGCGCGGCCGGCGUGGCGUACGUGAGCGCCGCGGUGGCGCCCGGCUGCGAGCCGCUGGUCAGGCGGAGCGUGCGUGCCGCGCUGCUCGCGCGCCACACGGACUGCUGUCGCGCGGACCAGGAGGAGGAGGAAAGUCCCGCCGUGUGCGCGGUGGCUCUCCACGCGUGCGGGGACCUGACGCCCAGCAUGCUGGACCUGUUCGCGUUCGUGCCGGAGCUGCGCGGCCUGGUGCUGGUGCCGUGCUGCCACCACAAGGCGUCGCCGGGCGGGAGCGCACGCUUCCCGCUGAGCGCGCGGCUGAGGGCGGCCGCGCGGGGGGCGGAGAUAGCACGGCCGGCCCUGCUGCUGCGGCUGGCGUCCCAGGAGACGGCCGCGCGCUGGCGCGGCACCUCCGAGCAGGAGCACGGCGCUCACGCCUUCCACGUGCUCUCCCGGGCCGUGCUGGAGCUGCACGCCCGGCAAGCGAGCCUGGAGCUGGUGAAGAAGAAGCGCCGCUGUGUCCGGAGGGGGAAGCUGGGGACGCCCGGCUUCGAGGGCUUCGUGAGCGACGCCCUGGAGCGCUACGACCACGUGGGGCCCGGCGGGGACGACGAGGCGGAGCUCCGCGCGGGACUCGGGCGGCUGUGGCGGGCCCACGAGGGGAGCGCCCGGGCCCUGGAGCUGCUCACGGCCCUGCAGGUGGUGAUGCAGGCGCCCGCGGAGCAUCUCGUCGCCCUGGACCGGCUGGCGUACCUGCGGGAGGUGACCCCUGGGGCGGAGGCCCGCCUGCUCCGAGCCCUGGACGACGGGGUGUCGCCCCGCUGCCUGGCCCUGGUGGCCCGCAAGCCGCCCCGCUCCUGACCGGUUCCACUUAGACAACCACUGUCUGUGCCAGAGGUCGUGGCGAGUGACGAGGCCUGCCGUGCUACCACAGCUCUACGUCGUCGCAAUGACAUCGUACACGCGCACUCGAGCGACUGAUUGACAAGGGAGAUUGAUGCUAUCAUGCACAGGGGUGUAGCCAGGGGGUGGUUUUAGGGGUUCAACCCCCCCCCCCCUUCCCCUUAGCCCCAAAUUUUUAAUUAAAUUUCUUAUUCAUCACUCAAACAAAUUUCAUAUUAAAAAUUAAUAAAAAUUUUACCAUUACAAUAUUUAAAUUUAAGUACCGGAAACUGCUGAAAUACCACUAUUUCACACCUUAACAACCACAUUUUCCCAGGGGAGGACCCCCGGACCCCCCGCUUUAAUCCGGAGGGGGGGGGGCAUGCUUCUUAACACCCCUCAUACACAAAUCCUGGCUACGCCACUGAUCAUGCAGCAGUAUAAAGUGAUUCACAGUACAGAAGGAAAAAUAAUAAAUAGUUUACAUUGCUGUGGUGAGAAUGCAAAAAAAAAUGUUUGCUUGUAACAUUAUCAAAAGCAACUGCAAAGAGCCAUAAUAUAUCUUUACUGGUGUUUGUGAAAGAUCCAUCCAGAGAAUAGACGAAACGGUCAAGCACUCAACAACUUACAAAGUUAUCUUAUAAAAGUUUAUAAAUAUAAAAUAUAUAUAAAUAUGAAAGGAAAUUUUAAGCCAUGAUAAUUUUAUUUAAAAAUUUGUGUUAUUUAAGAAUCUUGUGUACUUACAUGUACUGGUAUCGUGUGUGUUACUUUGCUAGUGUUGAUGGUUUUUGGUGAAAAGUAUCACAAUACACACCCAUUAUCAAAUUUAAUUCAGUACCGUUGAGUUCUGCAAGAUACUAUGUGUUUGUUUUACCUCCCUACUUGUUUCUUUUCAUUAAUACAAUUCAGUAACUUCACUGAAAGUUGUGUGUCCAGUACUGAUCCAAAUAGCUGUAGGUUUACUAAGUUGGCAACCUUGAAAAAUUUCACACACAAAUUAGGUAAGUUUUAUUAUAUAAUAAGAAAAACCUACCUGUUGCAAUAUGAAUACAAACUUGAUAACUCACCUAUUAAAAAAUCUCAACAUGUCAAAGACCUAGGAAUUUUACUGGAUCAAAAACUAUUUUUUCAUCUUCACAUUGAAAACAUUAUCUCGGUAUCUAACAAAAUACUUGGUCUAAUUAAAUUUAUCACCUUUAACACCUCCAAUAUUGACUCUAUUCUCUCCCUCUAUACAGCUCUAAUAAGAUCGAAACUUGAAUAUGGUUCUAUUAUAUGGAAUAGCAUCAAUAACACUGAUAUUGAAAAGCUUGACAGGAUUCAAUCUAAAGUAUCUGACUAUAUUAACAAAAAAUUAAAUACCAUCAAUAACAUAUAUUUAAAUUCCCUCCUUGGUUUAUUAUCAACUAGAAGAAAGAUCUUAGAUGCCAUUUUUGUCUUCCAUUGUUAUUAUGGUAAUCUUAUAUGUCCUCAUAUAUUUGAUGUUACUGGCAUUAAAAUUCCUUCUCUUAAUAGCCGUAACCCACCUUUUUUGUGCACACUUUUAAAUACAAAUGAUAUUAUAUAUAGACUUGUUAACAAUUUUAAUUUGUAUGUUAAUCACUUACAACCUACCAGAGAGAAAAAACUUGUUAAAAAAAUUAUUUUUUCGGCAUCCAAAGAUUAAUUAUCUUUAUGCUCUAAUGUUAUUACCUAAAUUAUUUAAUUCCAGAUAUAUUAAUCUAAGGAUACUAACUGUAUUUAUCUACAUAAUAUUAUAUGUUCUGUACUUAUACAUUUAUUACUCUCAUGAAACAUUUUUGUUAUUUUAAGUAAUUUUUAGAAGUUAAGCACUCAUAUGGAUAUGUGUAUGUUAUGUUGCCUUGUCUUUGUUUUUGUCCUACUAUAUGUUGUUCUUAUAAUUUAUUGUUUUGUUCUUAUUUUUGUUCUGUUACUGUAUUUGUUUUUUUACUUGUCUUACAUGUUGUGCCCACCGUUGGAGCCUUGUGCUGUUGGUGUGGCAUGUAACAAAUCAAAUAAAUAAAUAACACCUACUAUCCUCAUUCUGGGGACAUUAA